AGCAGGUGCGGACAGACAACACACACACGGACACACACACACAUCCUGCGGCAGAAACACACACCGGUGCCCGGUACCGUCCUGAUCCGCCGGUUGUUCUGUCUCCGCCACGUCCGCUCCUCCGCGCGCGCACCGGGGGGUGAUGGGGGAAUGAGCAGCGCCGCCCCCCCUCCUCCUCCUCCUCCUCCUCCUCUUCUUCAUCUUCUUCUUCAUCCUCCGGUUCUUCUUCCUUCAGCUCCACUCGGUCUUCGUCCUACCGGGCCGUCGUCGGAGCCGUGCCCAGGAUGCGGGCCCCUCUGCUCGGACAGGCUGCGGUGCUCGCGGCCCUGCUGGCGCUGAGCACCUGCCUGACAGGGUCUCAUCUGUGUCCUCGGAGUUUAGAUUGCGCCCGAGCAGGACGUCACUUCUGCCAACAGGGAAGCUCGCACUGCGGCCCCUGUCUCCGCCCACUGGUGGAAAACUCCCACGGACGCUGCGUGAUCAAGAGGAGACACCUUUCCCACUCCACUCAGUCCGCUAAAGGUGGGUCACCAAGUCCGAAACACACCUAG